GGAGGAGGAGCCGGAGCCGCCGCUCAAUCAAGUCUGAGGCCGGCUCGGCUCGUUUCGUGCGCUCGGUGCCUCGCUGACAGCAAGCGCACGCGAGAAAGAGGGGCGGGGGCUCUGGCGUGUGCUGUUCUUGCGCGCGCGUGCGCGCGCGUCUGGAAAAAUAUUGCGCAGGUUAUAAAAUGGAACGUUGGAGGCGGCGUGCUUGAGCGCGCGAGGGGGUGCGUGCUUGUGAGUAGGGUUGUGUUUUGGUUUUUUUUGGAGUAAAUAAGCGCGAGAGCUGCAACAACAGCAGCAAAAUCAGGAGCCCACAGCACGCAGCCGGACUGAAUCCGCGAGCAGCCGCUUUCGCUUCCUCCUUCUCCUCCUCUUCUUUUUCUCCCUGUAUGGAGCUUUCCGCUAUUGGGGAGCAGGUGUUUGCGGUGGAAAGCAUUAGGAAGAAGCGCAUAAGGAAGGGUAAAGUGGAAUACCUGGUGAAAUGGAAAGGAUGGCCCCCCAAGUACAGCACAUGGGAGCCAGAGGAACACAUUCUUGACCCUCGCCUGGUGAUGGCUUAUGAAGAGAAGGAAGAGAGAGAACGUGUCUCAGGUUACAGGAAGAGGGGCCCCAAACCCAAGCGCCUCUUGCUGCAGAGGCUGUAUAGCAUGGACCUGAGGAGCGCACACAAAGGGAAAGAGAAGCUCUGCUUUUCUCUGUCACGGAGGUUUGGGGGAGGGGGAAACAACCUGGCAGGAACCAAGGGAGGGCAGACGGAGUUGCCCGAGAAGAGCGGGGGAGCUGUCCUGCCCUUCCCUCUUCGGAAGCAGAGCAAGAACCAGAAGUACCUGCGCCUUUCGCGGAAGAAGUUUACCCGCAUGUCAAGCCUAGAAAACCGAAACCGCCGGCGGGAGUUCUUCCUGAAGGAGUCAGUGGCUUUAGAGGACAGGCAAACCCCCAGUGACUGGGAUGAGGUUACACAACCUGCCAGCAAAGAGGUGGGCUCAGAGGCAGCAGAAGGCAAUCUUUCCUGGAUCCCUGCCCUGCCCCCAAAUGAAGUAACAGUGACGGACAUCACAGCAAACUCCAUUACCGUGACUUUCAGAGAAGCACAAAUGGCAGAGGGCUUCUUCCGAGACAGGAGCAUCUAGUUCUGAAUCUACGUGGCUUUUUUAUUUCAUAGUUUUUCUUUUCUUCAUGCUUGGGAGAUUUGUUUGUUUCUGAUUUUUUCUCUCUCAUUUGCGUGUGUGUCUCCUCCCACCAUCAGAUUUUUCUAGGGUGGGUGAUUUUAAUUAUAUUAUUUAACAAGCAAAAUCCGGAAACUUUCCUUCACAAAUGUUUACAGAGGAUUUUGGUUUCAGUUUGACUGUUGGCCUCACUGGCUUUCUCUUUUCCCCCCGCUCCCCUUUCAAAUAAGCAAAAACAAGGCAAUGUGGGGGUGCCUGUACAUUUUUCCUCAUUUGUUAAUAUAUAUAUAUCUAGAGAGAGGUAGUAUAUAGAUAUAUUACUUGUUGUCGCUUUGUCCAUCUGGGAAGCUGAAAGUCUUUUCACUGGCAAAGACAUGGUUUUACAGUGCGCUGUCCAUUCCCUGUAUUAGUUAUGACAUAUCAUGCGAUUGAAGGAAGGGUUGGGGAGCAAGUGUCCAGAAAUAAGGAAGAUGCUAAAUACAAAUAUCCCUGUAUUCUUCUGUGUUUCAGAGUAGAUUUCCCUUGCUUGCUUCCCAGUGACACCUGUGAAAAGCAGUGAUCCCCCCCCUUCCCUCCUCCUUUGGGUGGCUGAUCUCCCAUGUUGGAUGCUUCCUCCUGUAUCAGUACUGUACAAGAUGUGGCCUCCAGGUGUCCACAGUGCUUCCACAAAUGCUAUAAAUCUGGCAGACGUCCUGUACACUGGCUUGCUUGUGUCACUCCAGGGAGCAUCUGCAUUGGUGCUUUCCCUGAUUGUGCUUUUCUGGAAGCCAGAAUGCAAGAAACCAUGCUGUUAAAAUCGGGCACAUUGGCACAAGAAAAGCCCAUCUUGCCAUUGCUCAUCCCCAUGGUGUAGACUAGUGGUUCAGAGACUAUUCCUAGGAAACCUGGGGUUUCUCAUGUUAACAGGGGUUCCUACCACUAUCAGUCUUCUCCCUGUAUACAACCACAAGAACAUUUUGGUCUGUCCUUGAGCACUUACUUGGUUCACUUGGGGGGGGGAUAUAAUGAAUCCUACGAGGUCUGACUGUCACUGUACAUCAAUUUAGAGAAGAUAUGGGAAACUUUUGGCCUUCCAGAUAUUGCUGAACUACAAGUCCCAUCAGCCCCAAAAAGCAUGAUGGGGAGUUUUAGUUCAGCAACAUCUGGAGGACCAAAGGUUCGCCACACCUGAUUUAGAGUAUGUUCUAGAACAGCUAUUCCCAACCUGGUACCCUUCAGAUGUUUUGGGCUGAAACAUGUGGAGGGCACCAGGUUAAGGAAGGCUGCUCUCUGUAAUGUGCUGCAGAAUCCACUGCAGCACCUAGUGAUUCUGUGGCAGACAUGCAGACAUUCUCAGCAGACAAUUGGACAUGGAAAAAAAUUUUGAUGGCAAGGAGUUUGAAUUCCGCUAGGGUAGAAUAUGGUUGUGUUUAUUGGUCUUCAGAGAUGUGUGGAAGACCCAGGGACUGAAGAUGGGCUUUGGGGGGUGGGUGGAUGUGCACUGGCACAAUGUAUUGUAAAUGUAACCUCUGAACACCAGCUGGAACAAACAUAACACAAGAGAAGCAGAUAUUGGUCCCACUGGCAGGUUGAUGGAAUAAUGAUGGGUAAGAAAUAAGCCACAAUGGCUGGCUGGUAAUGAACUGUAGCUUUUCAUGCUUGUCUUCUGUUGUCUUUGGAUUCAUUAACGACUACAGAUGAAGUUGCCUAGUAAUUGUAAUUUUGUUUAUGUAAAUAAUUGGAAGACUUUAUUUUUAAUGCUAAAUGACAGCUUCAACCAAUCAAUCCUACUUGGACAUCUCUUCUAUUUAAAAAAGGUGGUGGAGUUUAAGAUAUGCACAACUUCCAGGAAGUUGCGAGAAUCUCUCUAUUUUUGUAUUUAAAUGUUUGCCAGGCUCAGGAUGAUGAAGGAAGACUGCAUGCAAUUCUGCCUUUGUUCAAGCUGAUGGGAGCUUUGCCACAGCCUUUCAUUAAGUGCCCGUUGUCAUGAAACGGGCUUCGUACAUCUCUUGGGGCAAUGGCUGUCUGGGUCAGUUAAAAGUGGGGGUGAUGAUGGAGUGAAGGACUUCCUUGUGGUGUCAGAAGAACUGUGACCAUUGCCUUGUUGAAUUAGUAACGUAGUCUCAUCUCUUAGUGUGUAGACAUGGACACUGGCCAAUAUUACUCUGUCUGGUCAAAGUAAGAGGUCAUCAAUAUUGGGGGAGAAAGGGAAUGGGGUUGAAAUAUGUUUAUGAGGCUUGCAAAAAAAUUCCACUUCUAAUUUGUCCUUGUUACCCCUCAUUCUAACCUGUAGCUUCUGAUACUUGUGUGUGUGUUCUUUACAAGCAGAAGUGUGUCUCUGUGAAGAUCUUAGUUUUUGCCUGGGAGAAGCUGCUUGCACUUCUAUAGAGCUUUGUAUUGCACUUAAAUGACUUGAAAUUU